AUGAUUAUCUCAAGCGUCUGGCCGUGCAUGGGAAUUGUCGUCAUCUCAUUGCUUCCCAACACUUCAGAGCACAGGUGGGUAAAAUGGGGCAUGUUUGACAUGAGAGAUGUCUUUUCUUUGGCAUUAUUCCUCAGCUGGGUCACAUCCAGCGUCACCGGCAGGACCAAGCGGAAUGUCGUCUCCGCACUCACCCUGGUCUCCUAUUGUGUUGGCAACAUGAUCGGCGCUCAGGUCUUCCAAUCAAAGGACGCCCCUCGCUAUAUUCCAGGCACGAUUACAUGCUGCGUAUGCUUCGGACUAGGGGUAAUUCUCAUUAUCGUGUGGCGAUUGUGGUACAUGUACAUGAACAGACGCCGAGACCGGUUGGCGGCAGAGUCUGGCCUGUCCGAGGAGGAGCUCAAGCAGAUGGGCAUGCAGUUGGGAAUGCAGGACAAGACGGAUCUUUAG